GGCGAGUACGACUGCAUGGCUCGGAAUCGCUUUGGGUUGGUGGUGAGCCGCAAGGCGAGGAUUCAAGCAGCAACUAUGUCUGACUUCCACAUUCACCCCCAGAGUGCAGUGGUGGAAGAAGGGGGCGUCGCCAGGUUCCAGUGCCAAAUCCAUGGCUUGCCGGAGCCCAUGAUCAUGUGGCAGAAGAAUCACCUCCCCAUCAAUACAGAUAACGACAGGUACACGCUCUUGCCCAAGGGAGUCUUGCAGAUCACUGGACUCCGCGCCGAAGACGCCGGGAUCUUCCACUGUGUCGCCACCAACAUUGCCAGUGUGAAGUUCAGCAGGGGAGCCAGGCUCACCGUGUCAGGUUCCCAUUUUGCUGUGUACAAGGACCCCAUGAUCCUGGUGGGGCCAGAGAACCUGACCUUAACCGUUCACCAGACCGCUGUCCUGGAAUGCAUUGCAACUGGAAACCCUCGCCCCAUCGUCUCCUGGAGUCGACUUGAUGGGCGACCGAUUGGCGUUGAAGGAAUUCAGGUCCUUGGGACGGGCAACCUGAUGAUUUCUGACCUCACAGUGCAGCAUUCUGGGAUAUAUGUGUGUGCAGCCAACAAGCCGGGCACCAGAGUGAGGAGGACGGCGCAAGGAAGGCUGGUAGUGCAAGCUCCUGCAGAAUUUGUACAGCACCCUCAGUCCAUUUCCAGGCCUGUGGGGACCACCGCCAUCUUUACCUGCUUGGCACAGGGGGAACCUCCCCCACAGAUAACGUGGCUGAAGAAUGGGCAAAUUUUAGAACCUACGGACCACGUUAAGUUGAAGAACAACAACAGCACGCUGACGAUCUACAGCAUCAGCCAAGCCGACGAGGCCAUCUACCAGUGCAUCGCCGAGAACAGCGCCGGCUCUACCCAAGCCAGCGCCAGGCUGACGGUGCUCUGGGCUGACGGGCUGCCCGGCCCGCCGCAGAAAGUGAAAGCCGCCACCGUCUCGGCGACAACCAUCCAAGUGCUGUGGAGCGAGCCGCUGCAGAACACCAAGGAGAUCAUUGGCUACGUCCUACACAUCAGACGGGCGGCAGACCCUGUGGAGAUGGAGUACCAAGAAGCGGUCAGCAAGAAUACCUUCCAGCAGCUGGUGACUGACCUGGAGCCCUCCACGAGUUACAGCUUCUACAUCAAGGCGUAUACGUCCCGAGGGGCCAGCAAGUCCUCCGAAGUCGUGCUGGUGAGCACUCUGGGAGAAGUGCCGGCAAUGCCGUCCCUCUUCAUCAAGGUUCUCAACAGCACCGCCAUUCAGGCAACGUGGGAGCCCUCCCUCAAACUGGGCCAGCACGAAGGGUUCAAGCUCUACUACCGCAAAGUUCAUCUCUCCCACUUCACCGGCCCCAUGCUUUUGCCCAGUAACAUCACGUCUUACAAUAUUACCCAUCUUGAUCCAUCAGUCGUCUAUGAAGUCAAGUUGCUUGCGUACAACCAGCAUGGGGACGGGAACUCCACCGUCCGUUUCGUGUCGCUCCGAGAGAACGUCGAAAGAACGGGGCUGAACCCACCGUGCAACUGCAUGAAAGAUGAACAAACGAACAAGACGUCAGCUACCGGGAUCAUCAUCGGGAUCCACAUCGGAGUGACCUGCAUCAUCUUCUGCGUCCUCUUCCUCAUGUUUGGGUACAGAGGACGACUGUUGAUGUGUAAAAAUGUCCAGGAGCAGCUAUCCACUCCGCAGAUCCCAAGAAGCCAGAGGAAUAUGACGGGCCUGGCGCUGAACGGAUCCGCGCAGAGGGACAGGGACGACCCAGGCACAAACGGGAAACAGCGGGAUAUGAAUGAACUGGAAAGGCUGUUCCCAGCGCCGGCUUCCCCUCCUGAUCAACGCAGUAAGGGGAUAGCGCUGGAUCAUAUUCCUCCUACCUCACCGAAUGAAACGCAGAUAUCCACGCUUCCGCCGGAUGAAUUCAGCAUCAUCGAAGAGCAAAGCGACACCCCGUUUCAAAACCUGCCCUCUGGCGCCCACAGCGACUUCUGCUCAACGUCAGCCAAGAAGGGCCAGCUCCAGCCAAUGAAGAAUAAUUGCCAAGACUCUAAAGCUUCUUAG